GUAGAGUUACCCUUAUGUUUCAGCAUAGAAAGUUGAUCUGUUGAUGGACUAAAUUUCCCCUAGAUGAGUCGGAUUUUGCAUAAUUCACGGAUAUCGUUUUAAUUCUUCAUUCUUGGAUUGAGAUUAUGCUGUUCUUCUUGAUGGAAGUCUACUUGCAGUGCUCUGUAUAACAUGGCCUAGGGGAGAGGUUCUAAUACAUGCAUAGGUAGUAAACGAAGAGGAAACUGCUUCCACAUAGACAAUUAUUAUGACAAUCACCAAGGUCUAUGUAGUUUAUUAUUCCUUAUACGGACAUGUUGGGACUUUGGCACAUGAGGUGAAGCGAGGAGCAAAUUCAGUUCAAGGUGUUGAAGCAACACUUUGGCAGGUGCCCGAGACACUUUCCAGUGUGAUAUUGCAAAAAAUGAAGGCCCCUCCUAAGGCAAUUGAUGUAGCAGAGAUCCAGCCAGAACGACUUUUAGAGGCUGAUGGUUUUCUUUUUGGAAUCCCCUCUCGUUUUGGUGUGAUGGCGGCUCAAUUCAAAGCCUUCUUUGAUGCGAGCCAUGAGCUGUGGGCAACCCAGGCACUCGCCGGGAAGCCUGCUGGGAUCUUCUGGAGUACUGGUUUUCAUGGUGGUGGUCAAGAGCUUACUGCAUUGACGGCUAUAACCCAGUUAGCUCAUCAUGGUAUGAUCUUUGUCCCUCUUGGGUACACCUUCGGAAAUGAGAUGUUUGAGAUGAGUGAGGUGAAGGGUGGCUCUGCUUAUGGGGCUGGAACUUACGCAGCAGAUGGCUCUCGUGAACCCACAGAGCUAGAACUCCAACAGGCCUUUUACCAUGGAAAGUAUGUUGCGGAAAUAACCAAAAAGCUGAAAGGUCAAUCGAAUUGAAAAGAACGUCGCACAAAAUUCGACCAAAAUAAGGUAUUCGAAACCCAUGAACAUGCCAUCUGGCGAAGAAAACUACAUCAGCCAUGGAUUUUCCACCUUUUGGUUUCUAUUUUGUACAGAGACGAUGAAUAGCACACUGUACUACUAAACGUUGAGCGCUAUCGCAUACAUAUUCGCCUUUCUUCCUCCCA